AUGAAGCGCACAGCCUCCCAGGCCGAUCUCGCCAGCUCAGCCGCAAGUCCUAGGAAGAGUAUCGACACCAUGGCCCCAAGCGCAGACCACGACCAAGGCUACGCAAACGGCACCUGCAAUACCGAUACCGAUGCCCUUCCCGCCGGCGAAACAACUGUCGUCAUUGUCGGCGCGGGCCCGUCGGGCUUGAUGCUUGCAGUAAACCUCACGCGCUUCGGCAUCCCCAUCGUCCUCCUCGACGACCGGGCCGACAGGACCACGACCGGAAAAGCAGACGGGAUCCAGCCGAAGACCAUCGAGACGCUGAAGCAGCUGCGGCUGGCGGAUAGCUUGAUUGCGAAUGGGGCGCGGGUUUACGAUAUUUCGUUCUGGGUGCGGGCCUCUUCACCCCUCAUAUUCUUGGUUAAGAUGAGUAUAAUGUAUGGCCGGCAGAUCCACUACCCAGAUCACCUUGUCGGCGCAUCGGAUCCGUAUAUCCUCCUCGCGCAUCAGGGGAUGCUGGAGGACGUGCUGAUUGACGAUUUGGCGGAGCGGGGGGUGUCCGUGACGCGGAAUAGUCCGUUUGUGUCGUGCGAGCGGACGCCGGAGGGGAAGUUAGACGUUAUAUACGAGGACCGGAGUACGGGGACGAAGAAGGUUAUACAGGCAGAUUACCUGGUUGGAUGUGACGGGGCACGAUCGAAAGUUAGGGAGUUUAUCCCCGACGCACAGCUUGAGGGGGAGAUGAGCAAUGCGAGUUGGGGCGUUCUUGACGGCGUAAUUGAAACAGACUUCCCCGACCUCUGGAGCAAGGUCGCCGUCCGCUCACAUACAGUUGGCUCGAUUCUAUGGAUUCCGCGCGAGCGAGGCAUGACGAGGUUAUACGUCGAGCUUAGUGCAACGGCAGGCGAGCGCGUCGACAAGGCCAAGGCGACGCCGGAAUACGUUAUGAACAGGGCGAAGGAAGCGAUGAAGCCGUUUAACUUGGAGUGGAAGUCAAUCGAGUGGUUCGGAAACUACGUCGUCGGCCAGCGCGUCGCUAGACACUUCUCGGACGCGAACAACCAGAUCUUCAUCGCUGGCGAUGCCGGCCACUGCCACUCCGCGCUCGCCGCGCAAGGCGCAAACACAAGCAUGCACGACUCGUUCAACCUGGCCUGGAAACUGAACCUCGUGGCGCGGGGCCUCGCAUCCGCAUCGCUGCUCUCAACAUACGAGUCCGAGCGGCGGAAGAUCGCAAACGACCUAAUCGCCUUUGACGCCGAGCACUGCGCUGCUUUUGAAGCCGGGGAGGCGGCUCUGGCCAAGAACUUCGACGACAAUAUUCGGUUUAUUUCGGGUGUUGGGGCUGAAUAUAAGGAAGGGAUUCUGACGAUGGGGUUGGAUGAGAAGAGCGGCGCUGGGCUACGACUCCGGCCAGGCGCACUCAUGAUCCCGGCAAAAGCAAGGCGGUAUAUCGACGUCAACCCGGUGGACAUCCAGCUCGAUAUCCCGCUGUUAGGCCAAUUCAAGCUGUAUUUCCUGAUCCCGGAUAUCGAGGCCGCAAGGGGGACGGGGUUCCUUGAUUCCGUCUGCGAGACGAUCGCCAAGCCGUCGUCCGUCCUCUCGACUGUUUCACAGAAAGCUCGGUCCUCGUAUACCACUCGCUCAAGAGGAUGGGCUGCGCGCGAUGCCUACCAGGUUCCGGAGCGGUAUACAGCUGUCUCAGAUAUCCUGACCCUAUCGCUCAUCACGGCGUCGAAGAGAGAGGUUUUCGAACUAGCGGAUCUGCCGCCUGCGCUGCGGAAGAGCCAAUGGACGAUCUAUCUCGAUGAUGUGGAUGGGUGCAUUGACAAGUGGACUGGCAGUGGUACGUUAUCGGAGAGUCAGGCGGGCAUUGUGCUUGUCCGGCCGGAUGGGUAUAUUGGGGCCCUUGGGAGCUGGGAUGUUAGCCAGGGUGCGGAGGCGGGACGGUGGGUUGAGGAGUACUUUGGGUUUUUGUCGUAG